AGGGGAGAGGGGGGGGGCCGCGCCGGUGAGGGAGCGAGAGGCGGCGGGGAAGCCAGCCAGUCAGUCCGGCCGUCUAUCCUGGAGCCAGACGCAGCCAGGCAGGCAGGCAGGCAGCCCGUCUAGCCCGCAGAGAGGGUGGAGAGUCGGUGCUUAUACUGUACCAGCCGGGAUAUAUCCCUAGGGGAGACAGUGCGGGGACAGUCAGUCCUAGCGGACUCUAUCUGGGACAAGACCAUACCGAUAAAAAGCGCAGGCAAGUCCUGCUCGCCCACGUCUACAUAGCCCGGGGAGCGCGACAGAUAGAGGGCGGUCUCCUGUUUAGGGGUGAGGCAGCCCUCGUGACCCGACUAGCCUGAGCGACAAGCCUUACAAGCUAUCCCGGAGAGAGCACGGACAGCCAGCCCUUCUGGCUUGGACAACCAUCCUGGAUAUAUAGAGAGCAAGACAGUCCGGCUUGGCCGGCUAGCACUUCAUCCCGGACAUAAGUCUGGGCGAGCCCAUUAAGUCAAGCUCGGCCAACCAGCCCUUUAUUAUCUGGCUAAUCAAGACAGGCCAGCUCGCUCGCUCGCCCACCCACACGCCCAUCCGGCGGGGGUCUCGCGCGUCUCUCUCGCACUCCCCUCCGCACUGUGACCACAGAAGAUGGCGCACCCGUCGGUGCCGCGGAGAGGCAGCCUCAGCACGGGCGGGCUGGACGAGGGGGGAGGCUCGGUGCCGGGUCCUCAGCAUCCGCAGCAGCAUGUGCAUCAGCAGCAACAGCAGCAGCAGCAGCCGAGCUCUCAGAGCCUGCACAUGCCCACCAAGAAGAAGAGCGGCUUCCAGAUCACGAGCGUCACGGCCGCUCAGCCCAACAGCGUGGCCGAGGACACGGAGAGCUACGACGACCUGGACGAGUCGCGCACCGAGGACAUCUCGUCGGAGAUCCUGGACGGCUCGCGCAACGCCGACUUCGAGCCGGGCGCCUACGAGCGCAGCUCCUCGGAGGAGACGCUCAACAACGUGGGCGAGGGCGUGGACACGCCGGCGCUCACCCCCGUGCACGCGCAGGGCGGCGUCUUCAUGGUCAACGGGGGCCCGCACCUCGGGCCCGCCAACGCCGCCGCUCAAGGGCACGGCGCGGCCGCCAACCUCACCGCGCCGCCUCGGCUCGCCCCCUCCCCAGCGGCGGCAUCGACAGCGGCGGCGCCCCCCUCGAGCCAAACGGUCGCGGGCCCCGCUGUGGCGGCCGCGUUCUCGGCUCCAGCUCAGCCCGGAGUGGCGUCUCCCAGAGCGGCGGCGGCGGUGCCUCCUGCUACUCCUCCCCCGGCGGCGCAGGCGAUGGCGCCGGCUCCCGUCUCCGUGGCCACUGCGCCCUCCUCGCAGGUAGCUCCCUCCAACCCCCUGCAGCAGCAGCCGCAUCCGCCCCACCAUCACCACCACCAUCAUCUACCUGUGUGCAGUUCGCGCUUCCGCGUAGUGAAGCUGGACACCACCACCGAGCCCUACAAAAAGGGUCGCUGGACUUGCACUGAAUAUUACGAAAAAGAGAGCGCCUCGUUAGCGGCUGAUGCGUCCGCCGCCGCCGCUUCUGCUGCUGUUGCAGCAGCUUCAGUUGCGGCUGCGGCGGCCGCCAGGAAUAAUGUGAACGACUCUAUGAAGGAGAGCGGCGCCCCGACACUAGUUGCCGCGUCCUACAACGCGGUCGAUGCCGCCAGCGGCGCCGCGCUGGCACGCGUGAAUUCGUUGGAUUACGGAUCUCAGCAGGGCGGUAUUAACGCGGUGAAUUCGGGCGUGCCCGCGGCGUUCAACAAGCAGCAGGGCAACACCGUAGGGCACAAUAUCCAGCAGCAGCAGCUGUCAAAUGUGAAUGCUUUUGUGCAAUCGGCGGGAGGGCAGGGUUCGAUACAAACCGUGGGCGUGCAGCAGGUGGUGAGUGCUUCCGCUCAGCCGCAACCAUCACAGCAGCCGCAGCAAAUGAGCUAUGCCGGGCAGCAGCAGAUGGGUGUGCAGCCGCAGGGUCAGGCGAUGGGGGGCAGUGCUUUGACUCAGGGGCCACUAACGGUGGCCCAGAUGCCGGGGCCUGCGCAGACCGGUGAAGGGAAAGCGGCCACCAUGGCCUCCUCGCAGCUCGGUGGGCAGCACCCACAAUCCACACCGGCUGUGCCCCAGCCGCAAGCAUUGGGACAGCCGGCCCAGUCCAUAGCCCAUCAAGUGAUUCACAAUGCGGCUGCGACUCAGCAAUCGUACAUUGCGCAUCAGGGGUCAGUGGCGUCUCAGGUGACCCACCAGCAGCCUCAGCCAGGACAACCACUCGGCCAGCAAACACUUUUGGGACAGCAGCAGCAGCAGCAGCAGGUGAUGCAACAGCCGCAGCCAAUAGGACAGCAAGCUCAGCAGAUGGGGCAAGCUUCAAUGCAGCCUCAGUUAGGCCAACAGCAGCAGCAACCAGGAGGACAGCAGGCUCAGAUGGGAGCCCAGGCACAGCAAAAGGGCCAGCAGACCCAAAUGGGACAGCAGGCACUGCAGGUAGGACAGCAAUCCCAGCAGCCGCAACAAGUUGGACAGCAGCCACCAGUGAUGAUGGUCGGGCAGCAGCUAGCACAGCAGCUUUCGCAGCAUAAUCCUCCACAGUCCCCUCAAGUGGUGCAGCAGAAUCCCAUGAUGCCACAGCAGCCACCUCAGUCUCCAUCUCUGGUACAGCAGCAGCAAGCUACGAGCCAGCAGCUUUUCCAACAGCAGACACCCCAUCCAAUAGCACAGCAAGCUUUUCCUCAGCAGUCAAUGCCUACGCAUGGGCUGUCGGAACAACAGCAGGCCAUCAACCAGCACAACUUUCAGCAGCAGCCAUUGACACAGCAGGCUCAGCCUAUGACACCACAGCAAGCUUUCUCUCAGCAGCCACCAAUGCAAGCACAUGUGCUGUCAGAACAGCAGCAACAGGCCCUGAGCCAGCCUGCUUUCCAGCAGCAGCAGCAGCAGCCUCCCAUGCUCCCGGAUCAACAGUCAAUGCAGCAGCCGCAGGCGUCCCAACCAGUGGGGCCGCCAGGCCCCGUGCUUCAACCGCAGCAACAGCAGCAUGCGCAGCUGGCUGUACAGCCACCACCACAGCAGCAGCAGCAACACGGGCUGCUGCCCCUGCAGCAGAUCCUGCCGGUGUCGGGUCUCGCAUCGGGUGCCCCCAUCGGCGGCGCCGCUCCUCAGCCCCUACCAGUCGGCUUGCAGCAUCCUCUCACCCUCGGUGGCGAUCUCGGCGGAUACGGCGGCAGUUUCCUCCCACAAGCGGCCGCUUCCUUACUGCUCCAGCACGGGCAGCAGCAGCUGAGUCACCAGCAGAGCCAGGCGCUGCUCUCUCUGGCGUACAGCGUUGCGCAGACACAACACCAGCUGCCCGGCGGCCACCCGGAGGAUCCGUCGGGAGCGGCCGCCCACGGGGAGGUGCACGGCGAGGGCUUCGCCGGAGGAAUUCCUGUCAUCCCGCAGCUGCUGCCCAUGGCCGUCGGCGCCACGCAGGGCCUGCUGGAGUCGGAGGAAGAGAGGACCCCGUCCGCCGUGUUCUAUCAGACCUUGUCUGCGAAGCUGCCGCGCCACGACCACCGGAGACGCUCCGAUAGUGCCUCCGGUGCGAGCGUGGUUGCCAUUGACAACAAAAUCGAGCAAGCCAUGGACCUGGUGAAAUCCCACCUGAUGUAUGCCGUGCGGGAGGAGGUGGAGGUCCUCAAGGAGCAGAUCAAGGAGCUCAUCGAGAAGAACAGCCAGCUGGAGCAGGAGAACCGCCUGCUCAAGAGCCUGGCGAGCCCUGAGCAGCUGCAGCAAAUCCAGAGCCAGAUUGUGAGCGUGCCGAGUGUCGGCGGUGGUGCUCAGCCGUCCACACCGGGCGGUGGAACCCCGGCGGUGUGCACCGUCGCGGCCCCGCCGGCCGCCGCGGCUCCAGUGACAACCGCCCCCUCGGCCACAGCGCUCCCGUCCGUGUGAGGGGGGGGGGCAGGGGCGGGGGGGGCUAAAUUUCAGCUGGGUCUGUAUGGUACGGAUCGGCUGCCCCGGAAAAUAUUUACACACACCUAGCACGCAGCAUCCAGCUACACGUUUCGCUACGGUUGUGGCUCCUACUGACGUGCCUACUCCCAAGUCCAUCAGCAGCUGGCCCGGAAUGUGUUCGGUGAGAAAUUAAUCCCUGCUCCCCCAACCCACGGGGGGGGGGGGGGGGGGCGGGGGGGCUGCCUCUUGAGAGACGACGGAGCACAGACCGACAGCCACUCCUCCUCUUCCUCCUCGUCGCAAAUUGUAAUAGGAUUCUUAGGUUUUUUUUUUUACCCACGUGUCACUCCGCCGCCUGAGCUUACAAGGACCUGACAGCCAUCUGUUACUGUGAUGACAUGUACAUAAUAAUAGUUAUAUGAAAAAAAUGAGUAAUUAAAGGUGACUGAUGUAUAUUGAAUGCUAGGCUACGUGUUAAUUGGUGCCCGUGCUUCUGAUGUAAACGAGCCGGCGAAGGGGAAGCGAGCAAAGGGCCCCUUCUGAAGAGUUGGGGUUUUGAUCGAGUCGAGCUGUGACCACGCGAAACUGAGCCACCUACAUACAUACAUACAUUCGCCGCCGGCGCAGAGCUGCCAACGCAGCGGUGCGGGGAGACACGUUAAUCCACCCUCGCUAAAGCCCUUUAAAUUCCUCAAGCGGGACGUCACACACACACACGAUGGGACACGUCGAGUGUCCACGAUUUGUUAAAUUUUAUGCUCGUGUCACUUUAAAAAUAUAUUUUUUUGUUCCUCGUGUAGGUCAAUAUUUCUCUGUCCCCCAUAGCGGGGUGCAGCAGCGUCGUGUAGCAUGUCGUGUCGCAUAGCACACGGCGGGACUAGCGCGACGCGCGUCGCUUCCAGCAGCAUGAAGCCAGCGCACGCUUCCUACAGGCGCCGCUAACAGUUGCGACCGAGGCCUUUUCAGGAACUAUUUGGGCGUUUUGCUCGAAUUUCGUUGGUAAGAAGAAGGUAAAGUCGGCGGUGACUUCGGAAGAGGGUCGUAUCGCACAAAUGCACCUAGGGGUCCUUGCCGCAGAGAAAUGAUCACUUGCAGAGUGUCCCCGUCACCUUUUCGGGGAUUUAAAUAUCAUAGAAUGGUACAAACCAGUCCGGUGCCCUCCCCUGCGCCCCCUCCCCCCCACCUUGCGGGAUGUGGGCUGAGCAGGAACGUCGUCCUUGUAGCAUCACAAGUGUUACUUUUCGCUGGGUACACAUUUUUGGGGCACAGCACACGGUGACGAUAGAGUGAACAGGUUGUAUAAGAAGUGUAUAUUCUGUACGUUAUGUAUGUACUGUAUGUAAAAUGUACCUUUGGACAGAAACAUGUAGAUACGGUCAAGUGUUUCAAAUGUUGUGCACUUGAAUGGCAGUUAAAGUACAUUGGCCAGUUGCAGUUGUGCAACAUUUUGUAGUCGGAUUAAGGUUUCACUUUGCCCGUUCCAGUACGCUUUCGAUUAUCUGCCGCCGUCUCUCCUGUAACCAGUGCUACGAAACUUGAAAUACAUGAAGACAAAAGAUAACGUUCAUAAAAGGAAGAACAUUCAACCAAAGAUGCCAAGAGCACGCUCAGCAAGUUGGGUUCAACCUUUUUUUUGUUCAUCGCCUCUCGUGCAACGCUGAACCGGCGUCGCUCCGUCUGCUGCGCGUAGCUCGCGGCUCUCCCCCCCCCUCCGGCCGCCACCGUUCUAUUUAUUCGUGGCCUUUGCGUAGGCCCUGUUCAGCGCACGCGGCCGCAUGGUUAAGCGACACGGGCACCGAGCGUCUCCUCCAAAGCCUGUGGAUUGUUCUCAAGUCGUUGCUGAUUUGCGCCGCUCAUCACUCCCACCCACCAACCCUCUCUCCCUUAACUUGUUUUGUUCACACCACCACACCCGUUCCACUUAAGUUAUUUUGUACUGCUUACAUAAACCUACUAAUCCCCUCUCGCGCGGUAUUGACGAUGCGUGUUUGUUACUGUAACAAUGGGAAUGAGUUAAUAAUGUGCAAGAGACCUUCUCCACCUGCUUGUAACGCAAGCCGUGAAAUUAAAUAUCACAUGACAUGA